GGGAGAAAUAGAUUGUUUGCAAAUAAUUACACAAAUAACUUUAAACAUCGUGACUCAUUUCAUCAAUGCGUCUUUGAAGUGUAUUGUUGCUUUAAGGAAUUUUUUUCAGUAUAUCAUAUGCAGGUCUGUGUAAAACAGUUUUUAAGACCUCUUCAAUGGCUUCAAUAUAUAUAUUAUACAAUUUAUUAGUAAAAAUGUCUCGACUUAUAACUCUUGUGGACCCUUAUUUACACAUGAUGCACCCCAGUUUUAAUUUUUGUUGAUAUAGACCACUUACAGGUCAGAAUCGACCACAGGGGGUCGAUAUACACCACUUUUUGAAUUUAUGCUCUAAGAGAUUAGAACAAAAUAAUACAACAUUUCUUAACCUUUAAAAACAUUCUGUUUCCAAUAUACAUGAAGAGUUUAUGUUGUAAAACGAUCAUCACGGCACUUCGAAAAACAAUUCAAAGUGUAUCGAAAUCCCAGCGUUAUAACCAUGAAAAUAAUUUGAAAAAACAAACAUACAUGAUAAUGUAUACUAUUUAUAUAUUAUGAACAAUUUAUUCUACAAACCAUCUACAUCACUUAAAGUAUGACAAUUAGUAAUUGUCUAUAAUAUAUUUUUGAUAAUUUGAAAAAAAUACAUAAGUGUAACUUCGGGACACUUACUGAACGGCAGAUAAGUACGAACUUACAAACUUUUUUUAUAUAAUAUUAGAGCAAGAGCAUUUACCUUCUGUGCGCCUUAAAAAUAAUGAAUACAUAUACCCCCCCCCCACACUUCAAUAAAAAUUAUUGUCUACGCCAAUGAUUGAUAUGCAUUCUAAAUGGUAAAUUGUCUUUACUCAUCUGUGAAGUAGCUUCGAAUUUCUACACAGGGUCAUAAUGACUUCAUUGACUUGGCUCCAACAAAGUAUUUUUGAAAUGUAUAAGUAAGACAUCCAAAAUUAUUAAUAAAAUGUGCAAAAUAAGUUUAAUUAAACUAAUUUGAUGAAUUUACGAUACUUCAAUAUUACUUUGAAACAUAGUAUUUUAUUUUUAUUUUUAUUUCUAAGCAAUCAAAAUACUGAAACAUUUCAUCAAAGGCCAAACGGAAAAAAGAGGCAGGAAUAGUGAACCAAUACAAAAUGAUACAAGUAUAGAUGACGAAAUAAUUGAUACCGACGAUAUUAUUAAUACAGACUACAAAACAAAAAAACUUGCAAUAAUGGCUAAAGUAUACAAUUUAAAAUAUUCAUCAACUAAAGACAAAAUGCGUGACAUGUUUAUAGCAUAUAAGUGGUUAGCUGAAUUGAACGGAGCACUUUGUAACAGUGAUGAACAUUAUCCAAAAGAAUUAAAACAUUAUAUAGAACUAGCAGGCAUGUGUUUCAAAUCAUUGCUAGACCUUGAAGAAAUAAAGGACGAUGAUCACUUAAGGUAUCUGAAGUAUAAACGGGAUGCCAAAAUUAUAUUAGCCAAUAACAGUUUUGAAGUUCUUGUAUGGCCUGGUGGUUGGCAUUUUAGUAAUUUAUAUACGAGUGCAACAACAUCAGAACAAUCAAUUGUUUUUAAUGAACUACAUUCUCUGAGAAAUUCAGAUUGUCCAUACAUUAAUAAGAUAGAAUUAAACAUUCUACUUUAUCGGUUAUAUAUUGUUAUGAAUACGCCAAAUCGUGUAUAUUAUAAUCAAAUGUACUCAUUUAUAAAAAGUGCUAUUGACAAUGUAGUCGUUACUGCAGAGGAUCGAGCGAGAAAUUUGGAAGCUCAUGAACUAUUUAGUAUGUUUUUGAUGAUGCGUAAUAGCAAUGCAAUUGAAAAG